CAGACCCCUGUUAUCAGAGGACGGUCUCUGCGCCCUCUACUCAUCACAUGACCAUAAUCAACAUGGCGGCGCCCAGGCUGCUCAAGACGCUCAGUCUUCGUCCCUUCUGUGGAUAUGUCUUUGCUCGUCACAGCUCUUCGUCCUUAGUCCCAGACACUAAGCAGAAGGUCAUGGAUUUUUUUUUGAGAAGAUAUGUCGCUGAUAUGGAUCACUUUAUGCAGUGGAAGCAUGACUGGAAACAGUGGGUAAUUGAACUGAAAAAUGAAGGGCCCCGCAGAGUGGAGAUGGCGUAUGGUAAAAUUCCUGGGGUGGUUUACUACACACUGGCACAUAAAGGAGCUGUGAGGUUACAUGGUCACCAAGAAUGGUUCCGAUAUGUCAAGCAACAGAAUACCCUGGACUUUCUGAACUAUAGGGAUGUGCCAGUAGAAUGUGUGGACUUGAGUCAUAGUGAUGUGAACUACUUUGGCCUUAACCCUAUAUUGGAAUUAGAAGAUUUACGCUGCCUGGACCUCAGCAGCUGUCCUAACAUUGAUGACUGGUGUUUAAGUCGCCUUCACGUACUUGGGCAUUCGUUGGAAGUGCUCAUAUUGACAGGAUGUCCUCAAAUUACAGAACGAGGGCUGUCUUGCCUGCAUCUCCUACAGUGA